AUGGAUGAGUGUAGCAGCAUGGAUUUCAUUAGGAGACUGAAGUCCUUCACUAACCCUGAACCUGAUUGUGUAAUUGAUUCUUUACAAGAAACAUGGAAAAAUAUGUGUAGUCGUCGCAAGGAUUUCAAACAGUAUGUUACCUCAGAAGAGAAAAAUACUUGGCAAGCUCUAAAUCUUGCACAUGGAAUGAGUAAUUUAAUUUCAGAAGCUGAUUUAUUACUUAAAGACUGCCAAGCGGCGCUAUGUGAUUUUCUAGAGCCAUCAAUGAUUUGUUGUGAGAAAUCACAUUCAUAUAGUUCUUGUGAUGAUCAAUUGCAGAUGUCGUCUGUUCUUGCUCAACAUGGAAUGUGCUAUUAUGCUAAAGAAACUGCUGCUUUAGGAUAA